AUUUGUAGAUGGUUUUCGACGACAAUGUCUACUUCUUUUAUUGGGUCAUGACCACAGACUUUCUAAACUUUUACCAUAUAUUUUCGUGGAAGAAGAGUUGCUCUAAUGUCAAAUAAUGAUGUCGCCUUCUCUAACGUUGUAUUUGUUCCCACAUAGUGGGGUCUAAGUCAUCACCUGCAUAUAUAAAUUAAUACAAGCUACUGUUUAGGUCUACUUUCAUUGUGAUGGAUUGAUUGGUUGAUUUAGUACUAAUUUCCUUUCUAGCAUCUUGUUUUAUUGCCUUGCAGUUGCAAAGUUUUGGUUUGAUAAUUUACUUUUUCAGCCACAAAAAAUGAAUCAGAAAAGCUCAUUCCUUCCAUCCCCAGAAAUUAUUCAAUGGAGUUAUGAUGUUUUCUUAAGUUUUAGAGGUGAAGAUGUACGCAAAACAUUUGUUGACCAUCUGUACAUUGCUCUGCAACUGAAGGGAAUCAACUCCUUCAAAGAUGACGAGAAACUUGAGAGAGGCAAGUCCAUUUCACCGGACCUUGUGAGAGCGAUCGAAGAAUCAAGGAUUGCGCUGAUCGUGUUCUCCAAAAACUAUGCAAAUUCGACAUGGUGUUUAGAUGAAUUAACGAAGAUCAUGGAAUGCAACAAACAAAAAGGACAAAUUGUCCUUCCGGUAUUCUACGAUGUUGAUCCAUCAACGGUGAGGAAACAAAAGCACAGCUAUGGAGAAGCAUUUGGCAAACAUGAAGAUCGUUUCAAGGUGCAAAAAUGGAGGGCAGCCCUGGAGGAAGCAGCUAAUUUAUCUGGCUGGGAUUUGCCAAAUACUGCCGAUGCACAUGAAGCUAGAGUCAUAAAGAAAAUUGUGACAGAUAUAAUGGCUAGAUUGGGUGGGCAGAGAGAUGCAAGCAAUGCUGAAAAUCUUGUCGGAAUGGAGUCACACAUGAACAAAGUAUAUAAAAUGCUUGGUGUCGAGUCUGGUGGAGUUCGCUUCCUUGGAAUAUUGGGAAUGAGCGGAGUGGGGAAGACGACUCUAGCGAGAGUUAUUUAUGAGAAUAUUCGGAGUGAAUUUGAAGGUGCAUGUUUUCUUCAUGAAGUCAGGGACCGUUCAUCAAAACAUGGCCUAGAGAGCUUGCAAGAGAUACUUCUUUCUGAAAUCCUUGUUGUAAAAAAACUAAGGAUCAACGAUUCGUUUGAAGGGGCCAAUAUGCAAAAACUAAGACUACGGUACAAAAAGAUUCUUCUUGUUCUUGAUGAUGUUGAUCACAUGGAUCAGUUAGACGCUUUAGCCAGGGAACGUGAAUGGUUUGGUCCCGGAAGUAGAGUCAUCAUAACAACCAAGGACAAACACUUGCUUGUUAAGUACGAGGUUGAAAAGAUAUACAGACUGAGAACUUUAAAUUACGACGAAAGUUUUCAACUGUUUAAACAACAUGCUUUCAAGAAGAACCACCCCACCAAGGAAUUUGCUGAUCUGUCAGCUCAAGUGAUAAAGCAUACUGGUGGACUCCCCUUAGCUCUUAAAGUUCUGGGCAGUUUCUUGUAUGGAAGAGGUUUGGCAGAAUGGACAAGUGAAGUGGAGCGUUUGAUACAAAUCCCAGAAAAUGAAAUUUUGAAGAAACUCGAACCAAGUUUCACUGGUCUCCACAAUAUUGAGCAAAAGAUAUUCUUAGACAUUGCGUGCUUCUUUUCAGGGAAAAAGAAAGAUUCAGUGAUCAGAAUACUUGAGAGUUUUCAUUUUAGCCCUGUCAUUGGUAUAAAAGUUCUCAUGGAGAAAUCUUUGAUCACUAUACUAGACGGUCGCAUUAUAAUGCACCAAUUGAUACAAGAAAUGGGCUGGCACAUUGUUCGUGGAGAAGAUUCUUACGAUCCAAGAAUAUAUAGUAGGUUGUGGAAUUGCGAAGAUAUUUCUCCUGUACUUGAAAGAAAUUUGGGCACUGAAAAGAUUGAAGGCAUAUCAUUGCACCUGACUAAUGAAGAACAAGUGAAUAUUAGUCACACGGCUUUCAUGCAGAUGGCCAGGCUAAGGUUUCUCAAGUUCCGGAAUGCCUAUGUUUGCCAGGGCCCUGAUUUUCUUCCUGAUGAGCUAAGGUGGCUUGAUUGGCACGGAUAUCCUUCCAAAAGUCUGCCAAUUAGCUUUCAGGGAAAACAACUUGUUAGUUUGAAAUUGAAACAUAGCCGCAUCAUACAACUUUGGAAAACUUCCAAGAUUCUAGGCAAUCUGAAGUACCUUAACCUUGGCCAUUCGCAGAAGCUAAUAAGGACACCAGAUUUUUCAGGUACCCCUAAUCUUGAAAGACUGGUUCUCGAAGAUUGCUCAAGUUUGGUAGAAUUCAAAUUUUCUGUUGGAGAUCUUGGAAAGCUAGUCUUGCUGAACCUGAAGAACUGCAGAAAUUUAAAGACCCUACCAAAGAGUUUUCGACUAGAAAAGCUUGAAAUUCUCAUUCUUUCGGGUUGCUCAAAGCUAAAAAAUUUCCCAGAAAUAGAAGGGAAAAUGCAUCGCUUAACAGAACUGUAUUUAGGAGCGACUGCUUUGAGUGAACUGCCUUCAUCAAUUGAGAACCUGUCCGGAGUUAGUGUCAUAAGUCUAAGCUGCUGCAAGCGAAUUGAGAGUCUUCCUAGCAGUAUUCUUAGGUUGAAGUGUCUGAAAACACUUGAUGUGUCCGGAUGCUCAAAACUUAAAAAUUUACCAAAUGACUUGGGACAUUUAGUUGAUUUGGAGGAGCUCCACUGCUCUCACACCGCCAUCCGAACAAUUCCAUCCUCUAUUUCACUUCUAAAAAACCUUAAGUGCUUAUCUCUCCGUGGAUGUAAUGCUUUGGGUUCACGAGUAAGUAGCUCAAGCCAUGUCCAGACGUCUCUGGGUGUAAAUUUUCAGAAUUUGUCGGGUCUUUCUUCAUUGAUCACGCUGGAUGUUAGUGACUGUAACAUUUCAGACGGAGGCAUUUUAUGUGAUCUUGGAUUAUUACAGUCUUUGAAGGAAUUGAAUCUCGAUGGUAACAAUUUUUCCAAUAUUCCAGCUGAAAGCAUAAGUGGUCUCACUCGACUUAAAGCCCUUGCAUUGGUUGGUUGUAGUAGGCUUGAGAGUUUCCCGGAACUACCUCCAAGUAUAAGAGAGCUAUAUGCUGAUGAGUGCACAUCUUUGAUGAGCAUUGAUCAAUUAACCAAAUAUCCAAUGUUGCAUGAAGUUUCCAUCACAAAUUGUCAUCAGCUUGUAAAAAAUAAACAGAAUGCCUCUAUGCUUGAUUCCUUGUUGAAUCAUAUGCUCAAGGGAGUAUACUGGAAUCGCAGUUUUAGUUUGUUCAUCUCUGGUGUUGAGAUUCCCGAGUGGUUUACAUACAAGAACUCUGGAAGUGAUUCAAUCUCAGUGGCCUUGCCCAAAAAUUGGUACACACCCACAUUCAGGGGGUUUGCUAUUUGUGUUGUUUAUGACCUGAUGACUCCUUGCAAAGUUUAUUAUACCAGAUGCCUAAAAACUUUCCAAGGACUUGCGAUGUGGUUUAGGCCCAAAGGUCAUGAUGGUUUGUACGAUGAAUUAUCCGCAUGUGUCGGCGUAAUAGGAAGUGAAAAACCUGUGGGUUCAGGUAACACUUUCCCGGCCCUGGUACCACUUUUUCGGCAUUGGUCGUUCUACACUUAUAGAGAUUACAAUCCUAAUAACUUCAUUCAGCUUGAGUUUGGGGUCUGUCUUUCAAUUCAUAAGGAUGUGGUGACCAAAGGUUUGGGAGUGCGCCUAUUGUAUGAGAACAGUACCCGAAAGAUUCAAGAGGAAAACAAUUGAUGGGCAAAGUUUUCUUCGGGAAAUGACAUAUGAAUAGUAGUAAAAGUCAUAUAUCUUCAAUUGGCUCAUGCUCAAAUUUGUUCAAAACUUUAUAAUUAGUGGAUUUUGUUCUUACUGCUUGUUUCAUUGUUUUUUUUUUUUUUUUGUAAAUUAAACAAAUACUGUUGUUGAUUACCAUAUCCAAAAGGUUUUUGAUGUUCUCCAUCUUCAAUGGGAAAACAACUGCCAUACUGCUAGAUCUGUUCUCCAUUCUUUCAACUGCCUGAAUCGCUCUGGAACCGAACAGGAUUGGACAAGCGCAUGAUGAAGUUUGACGCCAAUUUAGGUUCUCCAUGAAGCUCAUCCAUCUAAUUAAAAACAAAUACAUUAGCGACAAAAUAAUGAAACUCACCUUAAGAGCUCUUCGAAAUUUUUCACUUAGAACACGAGUGGACAAAUCAGGCGAUAGCCCUUGCACACCAGUACAGGCUUUCCAGCUCAACUUCUGCACUGGUAUUUGAGAAGUUGGUAAUUGCUAUUCAGAGUCUUCGAAAACUUCCCCAUCAUCAGAAAGCUCAUCAAAAGCUCGAACAUCAAGCUGAUAGCGGAGGAGUCCUCCAAUGCCACCAAAACUUCGGAAAAACUGAGAUCCUUCUUUCGACUUGUUGGUGACAAAUUCCAGACUGCAACCAAAUCUCCUGUACUCAUUAGCAAACCACUCAAGCAGUGACAGCUUUUCCUGAACCUCUAAUUCGGCAUUUGCAGCAGGAUCAUGGAAACGGGCUGGCACAUUGUUCGUCGUGAAGCUUUCAAUGAUCCAAGAAUAUAUAGUAGGUUGUGGAAACAGGAAGACGUUUCUGUGGUACUUGAAAGAAAUUCGGGAACUGAAAAGAUCGAAGGCAUAUCGUUGAACUUGACUAGUAAAGAACAAGUGAAGGUUAGUCGCGCGGCUUUCAUGCAGAUGACCAGACUAAGAUUUCUCAAAUUCCAAAAUGCAUAUGUUCGCCAGGGUCCUGAUUUUCUUCCUGAUGAAUUGAGGUGGCUUGAUUGGCAUGGAUUUCCU